CCCGAGGCCGCCGCCGUCCUCCCCACACUUCAUAUUCCCCUCACCUCACCUCGUCAAUUCCACGCGAACGCGAGCGAGCGAGCGAGGAGACCACCAGCGCAGAGCCAGUGAGGGAGACGAAUCCACCCCCCCUCCCCACCCGGAUCUCUCUCCUCGCCGGCGGCGAUGGCGCUCUCCGACCGCUCCCGCGAGUCGCUCCUCCCGAGCUUCCUCUACACCUCCGCCGCGAGGUCCUUCGCCACGGGCGCCACCCGCUUCCCGUCCCUCGCCCCGGCCCCGGCUCCGGGUGCCGUCGGCGGCGGCGCGCCCGUCUCGAUCCAGGCCCCCAGCGAGAAGAUCGAGAUGUACUCGCCGGCGUUCUACGCCGCCUGCACUGCCGGUGGGAUCGCCAGCUGCGGGCUCACCCAUAUGGCCGUCACGCCGCUCGAUCUCGUCAAGUGCAACAUGCAGAUUGACCCAGCAAAAUACAAGAGCAUAACAUCUGGAUUUGGCAUUCUCCUAAAGGAGCAAGGACCUAGGGGCUUCUUCAGGGGAUGGGUGCCUACCUUACUUGGUUAUAGCGCUCAAGGCGCUUGCAAGUUUGGUUUCUAUGAGUUCUUCAAGAAAUACUACUCAGAUAUUGCAGGGCCUGAGUAUGCUCAGAAGUACAAGACCCUAAUUUACCUCGCUGGAUCAGCUUCUGCUGAGAUUAUUGCAGAUGUGGCUCUCUGUCCAUUUGAAGCUGUGAAGGUCCGUGUGCAAACCCAACCUGGAUUUGCUCGUGGACUGAGUGAUGGGCUCCCCAAGUUCGUCAGAUCUGAAGGUGCUCUCGGGCUUUACAAGGGAAUUGUUCCUCUAUGGGGUCGCCAAAUCCCUUAUACUAUGAUGAAGUUUGCUUCCUUUGAGACCAUUGUUGAACUUAUUUACAAGCACGCUGUUCCUGUUCCGAAGUCUGAGUGCAGCAAGUCGUUCCAAUUGGGUAUCAGUUUUGCUGGUGGUUACAUUGCUGGAGUCUUCUGUGCUGUGGUCUCUCAUCCAGCUGACAACUUGGUCUCUUUCUUGAACAAUGCCAAGGGAGCUACAGUUGGUGAUGCUGUUAAGAAGCUUGGUCUUUGGGGUCUUUUCACUAGGGGACUCCCCCUUCGUAUUGUGAUGAUUGGAACUCUUACGGGUGCUCAAUGGGGUAUUUAUGAUGCUUUUAAAGUCAUGGUUGGACUUCCAACGACUGGCGGUGUUACACCUGCACCUGGCGCAGCAGAGAAAGCGUUGCAAGCCAGUGCCUGAUUCAUAUGCAGAGAUAAUGGCAAUGUAUUCCUGAAGAUCAUCUUUGGUGGUUGGAAUUGUAUCAAUUACUUGAGUUUUGCACCUAAAUCUUAAUUUUAGUGGAUGAUUCUUGUGUCAUCCUUUUGAUGAGAGGAACUCAUUAAUCAGGUGAAUUAGGUCUUUUUGCCCCCGGGAAAGUUUGAUGCUUUGAUACAUAAUAAAUUUUUGGACAGCAAGGUUGGUAGAGCUCAGGUUUUGGCAUCACCUGUACUGAGGAAUACUCACAUCUUUAUGGUUCCUGAAAGCAUACAUACCUCGAAUUAGUGAUGUUAUUUUGUUGCAAGUCAGAUAUCUGUGUGUGAA